AAGAAAAGUACAGUCGUUCCCGUGCAUCUAAGCGUUAAACAGCAAUCGGUGAUUAGUCGUGAUUGAUUAGCAGUGAUCGAAAUGGUUCGUCCAAGCGACAUUAUCUGGAAUGUAGUAGCUCCCGCUGGGAACUACCUCAAUGAUGUCGAUUGUGGGUUCAGGAUCCUCCCUUCCAAGGUUUCCAAUUGGUUGAAGCUGCAAAGGUUGGUUAGAUUGGGGUAUUUUGUGAUAGUACUCGCCAUGUUGGGCUUUGUCCACGGAGUACUAUUGAACUACGUGAGAGGAACCGCCGAACUUUGGGGAGAGCAUUACGAUAUGCCCAAGAAUGUUGUUGGUUGGUUUAUCUAUGCCGGCGAAGUACAAGGCGGUAUAUUCGCAUUUGCUGUGGCUUAUUGGGGAAGCCGAACUCACCGCGCCUGUUGGAUAGGAGGUUUAACGAUAUUUCUCGCCUUGGCGGCUGCAACUUUGGCUAUUCCUGAGAUUUAUAAGCCUUACAAUGCGACUGAAAUAGAUAGAGCCAUUACAGCGCUCACCUUUUGUAGUAAGAACACAAGUCGAGUCAUUGAGAUCCAAGUCAAAAGGAACUUCACCAUAGACAUGAACACUGUUAUGGCUCAUCUAUUCCAACUUGCUAUGGGACUUGCCAGUGUCGCAUAUUAUUCAUUGGGAGUCACUUAUAUUGACGACCAUGUCACACCACAACAUACUCCUGGAUAUAUCGGAGUUGUAAUUGCGGCGAAAUCAGUUGGUAAUCAGGUAGGAAUAUAUAGUGCUUGGUGUCCAUACGUAUUAAGAAGAAACAUAUUUGGUACUGUAGUUUGGUUUUGGAUGAUUGCAUUCACUCUUUUAUUUGGACUCGUGAUAAUACUGUUUCCAAAAGAGCUACCGCAAUUUGCAAGGGAAAGAUCAGUAGAUUCUCUGGUCACCGAAGUUACUGGAAGGAACCCCAACCCUAACCAGGAAGACUUAGUCGAUGGAUUUUUCAAAAGCAUAAGACGAAUCUUGAAAAACAAAUUUUUGCUAUUGAACCUACUGGCAUACACACUGAUCCAGACGGCUUUGAUCAAUUUCCGAUUAUUCGAGAACGGUUUCAACCAAUCGAAAUAUCACUCGACACUACAUCCUUUUGCUACAAGUUUCAACGGUUUAGACAGAGACCAAUUCACAAGCCAGCUCCUGGAACAACCAAUGGUGGCAGUCUUCUCGAUGACUACUGGGCUGGUCAUGGCUAAAAUUAAACCAAGGGCCAAAGAGUUAGUUACUUCGAAUAUAAUUAUUUUUCUGUUGAUUGGUAUGAUGUUUUCAAUGACAGUAUUCUGGGAAUGCGUGGAUGAUCACGAAGUCAAGAUACUGGGCAACGCUACUUAUGUCAGAAUCAUAGACACCUCUAUGAAUGAACACAAUUGCAAGUUGGUGCAAUCAAUGGGUCAAGUACAUAAUGUUAUAAUUACCGGUCUAAUGGCAUCGGUGUUUAUGAGUAACACUAUGCUAAACAUGAAAAGUGUCGACUCUAAGGACACAUCACUAGCCAUUGGUCUCCAGUUUACUUUCGUCGGAAUUAUCCCCUAUCUUAUAGUCAGAAGUAUUUAUUACUUCACUGCAGAAGUGCUCUUCUGUCUGAUACACGGCGCGAAUGGAUGCGAGUACUACUCAGAAGGUCUUGCGAGAUUUUUAUCAGCUGUUACUGUGUUACUCAUAUUUCUGGCAGCAUUGGUAUCAGGGGUAGUACUAUUCUCACUACACGACAUCCAGCUAUACCGAAGGAAAAAAUAUUGUGAUAGUAGGGACAUCGAUAUUGUCCAUCUUACAUUAGCAUCAUCACUCGAGGGGGAUAGUGGAUCAACUGUUGAAAUCUUCAACGGACCAGCUUAUCAACUGAGGGAUAUGAUGCGGGAUAUCCACCAGGUUCAGAUCCAUGAGGUUAAUAAGCCAAAUGAGGAACCGGAGCCGACUGCGAUAUUCGAAAUGUGCAAAGUGAAACCUCGGCCUUCGACAAGUCAAACCCAAGAAACACAAGUUCACCAGAACGAAGAUGAAAUCACCAUUGAAGAAAUACUGGAUACCCUACGUGAGCUGGACUCCGAGUAUGAAGACGAGUCGGACGAAGAUCCAGAAAAGAUUGACAAGAAACAUGAAGAUGACGAUGACGUGAUUGAAGAAGAGAGCAAAUGUUAAAGAAACUUAUGGGAAAUAUAUGUUAGAAUAAAUAUUAUAAAUAUAUAUU